AGAAGCGGUCCAGUUCCGGAGGCGGCCUCGGCCGCCGCCAUCUGUCACCUCGCCUCCGGCCCCGGCAGCGCGUCGCUAGUGCCCCGCCCGUGUCCUCGGCGGAGCCCGCUCCUCGGUCUGUCAUCUCUCGGCUCCGUUCUCGUCCCUGCCUUCUUCCCGGAAUGGAUCUGGUCGGAGUGUCAACACCUGAGCCCGGCCCCGCAGCCGCCUGGGGUUCCAGUAAGUGCCCGUGGGCUACCCCUCAAAACACAGUAUCCUGCUCACUGACCGAGGUGAUGAGCGAAGAGUUGGCCAAAGAGCUGCAGCUGGAAGAAGAGGCGGCUGCUUUCCCCGAGGUUGUUGUCGCUGAAGGUCCAUUCAUUUCUGGAGAAAACAUUGACACUUCCAGUGACCUAAUGCUGGCUCAGAUGCUACAGAUGGAAUUUGACAGAGAAUAUGAUGCACAGCUUAGGCGUGAGGAAAAAAAGUUCAAUGGUGAUAGCAAAGUCUGCAUUUCAUUUGAAAACUAUCGAAAAGUGCAUCCUUUUGAAGACAGUGACAGCUCUGAAGAUGAGGUUGAUUGGCAGGACACUCGGGAUGACCCCUACAGACCAGCAAAGCCAAUUCCUACUCCAAAAAAGGGCUUUAUUGGAAAAGGAAAAGACAUCACCACUAAGCAUGAUGAAGUAGUCUGUGGGAGAAAGAACACAGCAAGAAUGGAAAAUUUUGCACCUGGCUUUCAGGUAGGGGAUGGAAUCGGAAUGGAUUUAAAACUGUCCAACCAUGUUUUCAAUGCCUUAAAACAACAUGCCUACUCGGAAGAGCGUCGAAGUGCCCGUCUCCACGAGAAGAAGGAGCAUUCUACCGCUGAAAAAGCAGUUGAUCCUAAGACACGCUUGCUUAUGUAUAAAAUGGUCAACUCGGGAUUGCUGGAGACAAUCACUGGCUGUAUUAGUACAGGAAAAGAAUCUGUCGUCUUUCAUGCGUAUGGAGGGAGCCUAGAGGAUGACAAGGAAGAUGGUAAAGCUAUACCAACCGAAUGUGCCAUCAAGGUAUUUAAAACAACCCUUAAUGAGUUUAAGAAUCGCGACAAAUACAUUAAAGAUGAUUUCAGGUUUAAAGAUCGCUUCAGUAAACUAAAUCCACGUAAGAUCAUCCGCAUGUGGGCAGAGAAAGAAAUGCACAAUCUUACAAGAAUGCAGAAGGCUGGAAUUCCUUGUCCAACAGUAGUACUACUUAAGAAGCACAUUUUAGUUAUGUCUUUCAUUGGCCAUGAUCAAGUUCCAGCCCCUAAACUAAAAGAAGUACAGCUUAGUAGUGAAGAAAUGAAGGACGCCUACUAUCAGACUCUCCAUCUGAUGCAGCAAUUAUAUAAUGAGUGUACCCUUGUGCACGCUGACCUCAGCGAGUAUAACAUGUUGUGGCAUGCUGGAAAGGUCUGGUUGAUUGAUGUCAGUCAGUCUGUAGAACCAACUCAUCCUCAUGGCCUGGAGUUCUUAUUCCGUGACUGUAGGAAUGUUUCACAGUUUUUCCAGAAAGGAGGAGUGAAGGAAGCCCUUAACGAGCGGGAGCUGUUCAAUGCUGUUUCUGGCCUGAACAUCUCAGCAGACAACGAAGCUGAUUUCUUAGCUGAGAUAGAAGCUUUGGAGAAAAUGAAUGAAGAUCAUGUGCAGAAGAACGGAAGGAAAGCAGCCGCGUUUCUGAAAGACGAUGGAGGGCCACCUGUGCCGUAUGCAGACUAGCACCAGCGCCUGCUCCCCGCCAACAGCAGUGACCGCCAGCUGCCGGCAGCCAACCAGUGGGGUGACUUGAAAUACCAAAGCAGGAGUGCACGUGCUGCUCCUGUGGUCCCACUUGUGACCCACGCGCCAGAUGUGGGGAAUUUUUAACUCGGCAUUGAAAGAAUAAAAUGUCACUACCUCUCAUCUCAUCCAAAGGAUAAUAUGAUUCUUUAACAGGUAGAAUGUCUAGUUGAAGGAGUUUGGAUCUUACACCACUCGUGGUCUGAAAUAUCUUGAUGAGGAUUUUAAACGUAGGUAGUGUUAAAUGUGGGGGAGCUGUGAGGCAUUUACUGGGGAGGGUUGCUGGCUGCACCGCGCCCCUCUCGCCUGCUUCCUGUCGUGUCUUUCUGCAAACGCUGUCGUUCUAAUUUAGCCCUUCUCAGCUGCUCUGAAAUGGGGAUUUGUUUCACAGUGGAUGGUGGAAAUAGACAUGAGCAGUGUACCUUCUAGUGGUUCAUCACAAAAAUGUAUGGAAUUCUACAUUUCCAUCUCAUACCCAGGAAAACGGCAGCUUUCUGAAAGAUAAAUAUAGAAGGAUUUCUUAACUAAAUUUUAAAUUUUAACUUGGGUUUUUUUUUUCAUUUAGAUUAAGUGGUUGGGAAGUAAUUCAUCUGCAUUUAUAAUGAAAAUACAAAAUAUUUGGAAGGACAGACUACAAGAAUUGUAUUUGAUACAUUUUAAGAAGGCAAUGAAACUAAUUUCAGUUUGCAGUUUCUUAAAAUUGUCUACAUAUUGAUUGCUAGUUGUUUUCAGAGACAGAGAGAGAGAGAGAGAGAGAGAGAGAGAGAGAGAGAGAGAGAGAGAGAGAGAGAGAGAGAGCGCAAAGUAAUUGGAGCUGUUAAAUAAGUGCAAGACAACUUGAGUUGUGUGCAGAACAACUCCAAGUAACAAGUGAACCAAGCAGCUCAGCCGCUCAGCCUCUGUCUGCCAGCCUUUCCACUGGCUAGACUCUGCUUUGAGAAGUGAGCGGUGUCCCGGACGCCAUUGGUUGCUUGCUGUCGCUCCAUUAGCCUCCCUAUUACCCCAGGUCCAGGAGUCAGACUGGAUCGAUAAACAGCCUAACUCUGUCUGGUUAUAAAGAUUAAAAACGUAAUUUAUGUUUGAAAGAUUUUAACAUUAUUUUAAAAUGUCAAAUGUUCUUUGUAGGGCUAUUUAUUUUUGUUUCUGUUAUACUGCUUUAGUUGCAUUUCUGAGGAGUGUGACUUUAGGUAGCUUAUCCCACCCUGAGGUAUUUGCUACUCGGCAACAAAGAUUUAAAUGAUGACUAAUUAUUGGCUGCACAAAAAUUCGAGAGAACUCACUUGAAACAAUCAUUUAAAACUUUGUUUUCUUUCUUGACAUAGUCAUUUUCAAACCAUUGCUUGGAGUGUACUGUGACUUUGCCUUUCAAGAAAUUAAAAAUGGGAUCAUUUUA